CUCCCUACUUUUCUGCCUGCUGCUGUGCUUUUACUCAAUCUUGGUUUUCUCAUUCAUUUAUGACAUUAUUAUGACGGGUUUUGCAUUUUUCUUUUGUUUUACUUUUGUCCUUUUUUAUCAGUCAAAGUUUUCAAUAGGAUAGUUAUUCUCGUGAGUCGUGGGUGACAGGUGAGCCUUGGACUACGUAUAUAAAGUUAUGCUUUCACACUUGAAGCGAUCCUUUCUUUUCACGGGCUUUUUGGUUGCUUGUAUCAAUUGUUCUCUGUAUUUUGUUCUCCUUCUUGUAGGUGGAGGAGUACUGAAAAGAAGACGAUCCUCAGUUUUGUUUUAAUGGGGUCUUGCUUUAGUUCUAGAAUUAAAGCUGAGAGUCCUCUCCACAAUGGGGCUAAUCCAAAGUAUGGUAGCAAAUAUGGGAAUGAAAUGAGUGGUCCAAGCAGCAGGAUCUCAUCUGUUUCGGUGCCUAGAACUGAGGGUGAGAUUUUACAGUCUUCCAAUUUGAAGGGCUUCAACUUCAGUGAACUAAGAACAGCUACCAGGAACUUCCGUCCGGAUAGCUUUUUGGGUGAAGGUGGUUUUGGUUGUGUCUUUAAGGGUUGGAUUGAUGAGAAUUCAUUUACAGCUGCCAAGCCUGGUACUGGCAUGGUUAUUGCUGUUAAAAGGCUUAACCAGGAAGGCUUUCAGGGCCACCAGGAAUGGCUGGCAGAAAUCAACUACCUGGGGCAGCUAUAUCAUCCCAAUCUUGUGAAACUGGUUGGUUACUGCUUAGAGGAUGAUCAUCGGCUUCUGGUUUAUGAAUUCAUGCCUAAGGGCAGCUUGGAGAAUCAUCUUUUUAGAAGAAAUUCUUAUUUUCAACCACUUUCUUGGAACCUUCGGAUGAAGGUUGCUCUUGGUGCUGCCAAGGGACUAGCAUUUCUGCAUUCUGAUGAGGCCAAAGUGAUCUACCGAGACUUCAAAACUUCAAAUAUCUUGCUUGAUUCGAACUAUAAUGCAAAGCUCUCUGACUUUGGCCUGGCCAAGGAUGGACCAACUGGUGAUAAAAGCCAUGUUUCUACAAGGGUCAUGGGCACCUAUGGCUAUGCAGCUCCUGAGUACAUGGCAACAGGUCAUCUGACUGCCAGAAGUGACGUUUACAGUUUCGGGGUUGUUCUUCUUGAAAUGUUAACAGGCAAGCGAGCAAUGGACAAGAACAGACCAUCUAGAGAACAAAAUUUAGUUGAUUGGGCAAGGCCUUACCUUACCAGUAAACGCAAGAUUUUCCGAGUCAUGGAUGCUCGUAUCGAAGGCCAAUACACACCGGACGUAGCAUUAAAAGCUGCUUAUCUUGCGCUGCAAUGCCUAUCUAUAGAGCCUAAGCUUAGGCCUAACAUGGAUGCAGUAGUGAAAGCACUAGAGCAACUUCAAGACUCCGGUGACAAAGGGGGCCCUAGAAAUGCAUCUGUCCAUAAUUCUCAUCGGAAUUCAAGGAAUGCUCCUAAAUAUCAAAGCAAAAAUGCCAAUGAUAUCUGCAAUGGAAAUGCUAUCUUAUCCCCCUGGCCAUCUGCUUCUCCACCAAGUACAUAAAGAGGAAAAAAAAUCUGAAGCAUGCUUUUAUAGAUGAUAAUCUUAAAUGAACAUCAUAUCUUGAACUCAAGCACUUAUGUCCAGCUAUUGAUCACUGUACAAUUGUUGAAUUCAAUAAUAUCCGAGUUCAGCAUUUUGACUCAUUUUGUGUUUGUCUUCCACUAGUUAUUUGAGGGUCUCAUAUUUGGUUUCAAAGCUUGUUCAUGGUACCAACUUCAUUAACCAAAAUUUUGAUGCUUCUUGGGAGGAUACAGAUGGAUGACAGAUUAAAAAAAAGGCAAGUUGGAUUUGACUACCAAUUUCUAACUGUCAAAAACUAAUGGCUUUGCUUGCAAAUGAACAUAACAAGGUCAACUUUCAUUACAUGUGUUGGUUUUGAUUACAUUUACAUCUGUUAAAAGCUGGAAUCUUUACAGAUGGAGCUCAACCACUUACAUUCAGCUUUACAAGACAAGGAAUGUGAAAAAUAUAGAUAGUGGUUCCAUCAAUAACCUUUUUAUAAACAAGUCAAUAGCAGAAGAGUUAAACGAAAGAAUAGGAAAAAAAAAAUGAUCUUAGUCUUUCCAGUCCUGUAAUACUAAAAAUUUACACAAUGAGCUCGGUCGUCCAAUCACUUUUAAAGUAACAUUUAAUAAA